AUGGCGUCUCACGAUCAGCAGUACAGAGCCGGCGAAGUCAAAGGCCGAACCGAGGAGAAGACCGGUCAGAUGAUGGGGACAAUGAGGGACAAGGCGCAGCAAGGGAAAGACAAGACGUCCGACACGGCGGGAGCUGCCUGGAACCGGACCAAAGAGUCCACAGACCAGACCGGAAGCUACGUGUCAGAUAAGGCCGGAGCUGCGAGGAACAAGGCGUCGGAAAUGGGUCAAGCCACGAAGGACAAGGCGUCGCAGAUUGGUCAAGCCACCAAGGACAAAGCCUCGGAUACAGCACAGUGGACUAAAGAAACUGCAGAGAGUGGAAAAGAGAAGACCGGAGGGGUGAUGCAGAGGACUGGAGAGCAGGUGAAGAGUAUGGCUCAAGGUGCUGCGGAAGCCGUGAAGAGUACUCUUGGAUUCGGGGAGGAUGAAGGUGGUGAUAAGCACACCACUGGCACUACCGGUGGCCUUGAUACUACCACCACCACCACCCGGAGGACCAACUACUAG